CAGAGUUGGAUGGCCCUUUGGACACGAUUCCAGAAAAGCUUGGACAGUGCAUUACAAUGGAACAUUUCCGAAGAAUCCAGCUAUAUCUGAAGUAUAAUAGCCUAUAAAAUGGGAAGGCCAUUCUUCUCUACUAACCCAGUCCCUCAAGAGACUGAGUUCAAACAAAGUGUUUGUUACCACCAUCUCCACCAGACACACUGUGACUCACAAUUGAAGCGGCAGAGCCAAUGGAUGAGUCUCCUUGCCGAGAGGACGGGGUGUCAUAAUUGGCAGGCUGGCUCAGUGUCCGGCUGAAUCAAGCUGCUCCUCAAAGCUACGCUCAUGGAAGACCCCUCUAUGAACCCCAAAUGUUGGAUUUCUGAGCUGGCUCUUCUGGGCUUUGAAAGCACCCCAAAGUUGUAGCUUGGCUUGUUCAUCUCCGAUACUCAUUCACAUAAAAUCAAGAAAGAGCAGGUGAACCAGAGAGAAAAGGAAAGCUUUCACAACGUGUGUAUGCCCACAGGGUACCCUGGGUGAGGAGCUAAGGCCGUGUGGGCUCUCCCCUGUAAGAGGACAGAGAGAUUAAGUGAUGUGCCCAGAGCUGUACAACUUUUAAGUGUGAAAUGGGAUUUGAACCUAGGUCUCCAUGAGUACAUAUCUACUACCUCCUGCCACCUCUCAAGGCAGCAAAAUUAUUCCAGAUCAUCAAGCGCUGUGACAUCAUGCUCCUGAUGGAAAUCAAGGACUCUCGCAACAUCAUUUGUCCCACCUUGAUAAAAAUGCUGAAUGGGAAAUCCCGAAGAGGCACAAAAGACUAUGACUAUAUCAUUAGUAGCCGGCUGGGAAGAAAUGCCUACAAGGAGCAAUAUGCUUUUCUCUACAGGAAGAAUAUGGUGUCUGUGAAGAAAAGCUAUCACUAUCCUGACACUCAGAAUGGCGAUGAAGAUGCCUUUUCCAGAGAGCCCUUUGUGGUCUGGUUCUACUCCCCUCAAACUGCUGUCACAGAUUUCGUGAUCAUCCCUCUGCACACGACACCCGAGACAUCUGUUCGGGAAAUCGAUGAGCUCUUUGAUGUCUACAUGGAUGUAAAGCGCCAGUGGAAGCCUGAGAACUUUAUCUUCAUGGGAGACUUCAAUGCUGGCUGUAGUUACGUCCCAAAGAAGUCCUGGAAGGAAAUCCGACUCCGGAUGGACCCCAAGUUUGUCUGGCUGAUUGGGGAUAACGAAGACACGACAGUAAAGGGAACCACUAAGUGUGCCUAUGACAGGAUUGUGCUUCAAGGCCAGAAGAUAAACAGUUCCGUUGUUCCGGAUUCCGCCAGCAUCUUUGAUUUCCAGAAAGCCUACAGGAUGACUGAAGAGGAGGCUUUAGGUAUCAGCGAUCACUUUCCUGUGGAGUUUGAAUUGCAGCCUACAGGAAGCUUCACUGGCCUUGUUAGAUCAUUUGCUCCAAAAAAGACAGGGAGAAAAAAGUCACAGAAGCCCUAGAAGUAUAGGCUGAUUCUUAAUAAUCCCUUCUUUUUGUUUUCUUUAAAAAAAAAAACAAAAAAAAACCUAAGCACCAGCAGCUCUGGGAGCUAUGGCAACCACUCAGUUUGACCAUAAACCAUUGAGGGAAAAUGGCUCUCUGAAAGAUCAAUUUCUGAGACUUUUUACCUAGGUGACCUUGGGCAGGUCACUAGACUUCCUUGCCCUAAGUUUCCUUCUCUGUAGAAAGAGAGGGUGGGACUAUGAUGAUAUCUGAUUUCCCUUCUAAAUCUAUGAGCCUAUGAAACUGAGAAUUGAUAGUGCCAAAAGUAGGCAUUCCUUCUGACUCAGAACACACUUUGGUACCCAUUCCCAAGAAAGUGAAGGACAAAAGCAAAGGUCCCAUAGAAACCAAAACAUUUACAGUAAUUUGUGGGGGGGGGGGGUGGCAGCAAAACCAUUGGGAACAGCAGGUGCCCAUCAAUUGGGGGAUGGCCGAACAAACUGUGGUUAUGUCAAUGCAAUAGAAUAUCAUUCAGGACAAAUUGAUAAAUAAGAGGAAUUCAGAGAAACAUGGGAAGAUUUGCCUGAACUGAUGCAGAGUGAAGGAAGAAGGAAAAAAAAAUCAGUCUGCCCAAUGAAGAAGACAACUGUGUUGAAGAAAAGAUCACUAAAAGGACAACAAAUUUUUGAGUAACUGGAAAACCAGUAAUGAUCUGGAAGAAUAGAUAACAAAAUAUAUGUUGCUCCACUCAUCA